AUGUCUUCUACAUCCCAGCCCCGCGUUUGGUUCAUCACCGGUGCAUCCGCCGGUUUCGGGUUGGCGGUCACCAAGCACGUCCUUGAGGCCGGCGACAUCGCCGUCGCCACCCUCCGCAAGCCCUCUGACAUCUCCGAGCUCGCCUCCAAGUACCCGUCCUCGCGCCUGCUCGUCCUCCCUCUCGACGUCACCAAGCCCGAACAGGUCAGCGCCGCGUUCGCUCGCACUCGCGAGGCCUUCGGCCGGAUCGAUGUCGUGUACAACAACGCCGGCGUGUGGAUGCGUGCCGAGGUUGAGGGCACGACGGAGGAGGAGGCACGCAGGCAGUUCGAGAUCAACUACUGGGGCGCGCUCCGCGUAAGUAUCGAGGCGGUCAAGUUCUUCCGCGAGGUGAACCCCAAGGGCCUUGGUGGACGCCUGCUCCAGGUCUCGUCCGUUGUGGGUGUCAACCCCUGGCCGCUUACGGGCCCCUAUGCUACUACCAAGUUCGCCUUGGAAGGUAUCACUGAUGCCUUGAGGAAAGAGCUCGACCCUGCCUGGAACAUUAAGGUGACCAUCAUCGAGCCUGGGAUGUUCGGCACGCGCCUCCUGGUGGACGGCACUGGCGAGCCGAAGCCCAUCCAUCCCGCAUACAAUACCUCCACGAGCCCGACUAAGGCCUUACGCGACAUGAUUGCGGCGAACAGCCCCCUCUUGGGUUCUCCACAGGACGUGACGAAGGGUGCGCGGGAGAUCUACAGGCUUGCCGGGUUGGAGAGCCCGCCCGAGCGCCUGCCCCUCGGCAAGGAUUCCGUCGCGGCGAUCCGCGACAAGCUCGAGUCGCAGCUGAAGGAGCUUGCAGCGUACGAGAGCUGGUCUAGCGACCUUGCUUAGGGAAAUCAGGCCUGUACAUGAUCGCCCCGUUGCAUUGCUAUAUUCAACACAGCUGCAUGG